GUUUGAGAAAUAGAUAAACCAUUCAAAAAUGCAGCCCCCUCUCGCUUCCCCUGUGUCGCAGUGAUGGUGGACUUUGGGCAUUUUCACGAAUGCGGCUCUCCUCUGGCACUUGGAGCGGCGUGACCACCGCACGUCCCACUGACUCACGGAUCUGAGCAGAUGUCUGGUCCAGUACCGACACCGGGCCACCUCCUCUGCAAACACAAAUGGCUGGUCGUGUAGAGGGAACCUGGAUAGAUGUGCACAGAUUGAGCAUCCUGAGAGAGAGGAGAAGAUGCUCAUGCACACAUGCGUCUGGAGGGAUGCGGAGCACUAAACUCUCAUCUUUAGCAAUAUUCCUACUUUUGUUCCACAGCGCGCAGGCUUACGACGAUGACUUGAGUCAUGAAGCCUCUGGAUCAUUUCUGGAUGCGGCCACAUCACCCUCCUCAACCCAUUUGUUUGGCGGCUUCCAUAUGACAGACAGGAAUCCAGCUUCUGUAGUCCAAUCAGAUCCCACAGGCUCGUCAAAGGGUAGCAGGGAACAACCUGCAUUUUCCUCUGUACUCACAUUACUUGCCAGCACGGCCCAAAAGCCUCCCAAACUCUCAUCAAAAGUUGUUGCACGUGACAAUGAAACACAUCAAUGGCCUUCAAAUGGAUCUUUGGAACGAUUGGAGCCAUUUACUCUUCCAUCGUCUGUGCUGGUCAGCAACCAAUCCAAUAACUCAGAGUUUCAGUGGAUAUCUGAGCUGGUGGCACCUGCAGCCACAUCCAGAGCUGCAGACCCUGAUUCUAGCAGAUUGAUUUCACCUGAUCAGAAAAACACUGCUGCACCCAAUAGAUCUUCAGCUACAUCUGUGGACACACAACGAGAACGACCAGACAAUGCAAGCACUAUUGUGUCUCAACCUACAAUAUUUAACAGCAAUACUGUUAACACAACCAGCAUCCCCUUUACAACAACCACAAACCAGAUUAGCACUACCCAAUCAUCUGCUGCUAAACGGCACUCCAAAACACCUAGGACAACUAUAAGAACUACAACUACACAAUCUCCAAAGACAACAACUAGAAUCCUGCCUGACUCCAUCUCACAGAGCGCUAAGUUGAACCCUUCAAAAAGCACUUUAGGAACUCCAAGAGCUGCUGCUACUGAGGCCUCAAUGCUAAGAUGUAACAUCACUGACAAGAUGUGGAUAAAAACAGUGUUGUCCGUACAGUUACGGAGGAGUCGUCUAGACAGUAUUUUGAAGCAGAAUCUCCCUCGAGGGUUUACUCAAGGUUUGAAGAAGGCCUUGAACGACAGCAUGGUUCAGGCUAAGAUUGAGAGCAUAUCUAGUGUACCUAAUGUGACGGUCGGUUACUAUGUGACCCAUGGAGAGAUGGUGUACACUGCAUCGGUGGUGGUGGAGGCUCUAAGUGUCUAUGGUAUUGAGAGAUUGAUGGCGGACAUCCGGCAGUUUGUGCCGCUGGUGCAGGCGAUUCCCAUCCCAGCAGUCCCCUGGAGACCCAGCCCUGCCAUCACAAUGAUGCUGAAGACAGUUCUGAGGUUUGUAGGGCCAGGGGAUGACCUCAAGUCCUGCAGAUUUACUCAGAUGAUGGAGCAGAGACUGGAGAAUGCUUUUGCUGAAGCAGAGGCCAUAUUGAUGAACUCACACAGCGGUCUCACUGUACAGAUCUUGAGCACAUCACAGUCUAUGGGUUCUCCUGCUGUAUCUCUGAUAUAUGUGGUGCAUAAUGGCAGUGUCACUCUCAAUGGCACAACUGCCAGUAACCUUCUCAGCCAACUGACUGCUGAGCUUGUCGGUUACUUCCUGUUUUACCCUCCACUGAUCACAGCUGAGCCUCUGGAAUACCACAACCUUAACACAUCUGUAGCAACCAGGCCAUUUUGGAUAAUCACAGUGAUUCAGGAUGUGGAAAACUCCUCUCUAGAAGGACAGUACCACAGUUUUGCUAGUCUGAUGGAGGAGCGGUUGGCAGAGCUCUUCAUGGUAGCUCACCAGCAAGGCGUCCGCUUCAAGCGGGCAACAACAGUGGGCAGUUACACUGUCCAGAUGGUUAGUAUCAGGCGUGUACAUGGGCCAAAAAACCCAGCUGAGAUGACCUACUACGUCCAGCAAAAUGGGACCCCACUGCUUGGCACAUCUGCAGCCAAGCUUCUGAACACAGUGGACUCGCAGACCAUGGCGCUCACGCUGGGAUACUUUGUCCAACUGCAGGCUGAAGCCGUAGUGAAGAAUCCACCCAACAACCUGUGGAUCAUCGCUGCAGUGCUAGCACCCAUCGGUGUGGUGACCCUCAUCAUCAUCAUCAUCACCACGGUGCUGUGUCAUAAAAACAAGAGCGAUUUCAAAAGCGAUCCCAUUGGAAACUUCAACCCUCGAGUCAAGACUGCUUACUGGAGAGACGUGGGUUAUUACCCUCAGCAUGUUCAGGGGUUUGACUAUGCCAAGCAGCACCUGGGUCAGCAGGGUGGUGAUGAGGAGACCCUCCCGGUUAUCCAGGAGACUAUGGUUCUGCCCCACCCCAUUCGAGAUGCCCCUCUGUCCCUAGAUAAACCUGCACGCCAAGAUGGAUCCACUUCCAAGAAAAGCCUGAACAGUGAGAUAAGGAAAAGUAGGUUGCCGAGUGAGGAUGGUUCCGUCAUCAGCAGCGAAUCAGUGAAAGAGGUCUCAGGAAAGGGCUCGAGUGUGCAAAAAGCCACAGCACAGCAGAAACUCACGAAGGAAGAGACGAGGAAGAGUAAUGGUGAGAAAUGCCUCCACAGUUUCAGCACUUUCGCACUUGUGCUGUCAGGCCACAAGACAUCCAUGAAAUGA